UGGCACACCGUGUGCGAAAUUUCCAGGGAAGUUCAACCCGUUUGUUUUGUUUUUAGUUUGACGUUUUCUUAUUUCUCUCCCUGCCCGAAGACCCCGAUCGGAGCAGCAGAAGACAUGUACACCCUGAGGAAGUGGCUGUACAAGCCAAAGAGGACCGACACUCAUCUGCUGGCUCAGUUUUACUAUCUGGAUGAGGAGCUGAACACUGUUGCCGCUGAGCUGGAUAGUUUUGACGGGAGGAAGGACCCAGAACGAUGCACACUACUGGUCAACCAGCUGCGGGCCUGCCAGGACAAGGUUUUGGGGGUCAUUAUGCUGAUUAUGGAUGACUGUCUGGACGCGGACAGAGCCAGUCGAGAUUACCGGGUCAAAUUUCCAGAUGACGUCCUACAAGACAACCUGCCUGGGCAACUCUGGUUUGGAGCUGAGUGCCUUGCUGCCGGCUCCACCAUCAUGAAUCGGGAGCUGGAGAGUGCCGCCAUGCGACCACUCGCCAAGGACCUGACCAAGUCUCUGGAAAACAUGAGGGCUGUACUGAGGGACCAGUGUCUGAGGAAUGUCAACUCUUACUCAGGGAAGAUUAAGGAGUCUCUGCGUCUGUUUGACCGCUUGUUUGCAGAGUUUGAGUUCAGCUAUGUGAGUGCCAUGGUUCCCGUCAAGACUGCUAAGGAAUAUGACAUGAUGCAGGAUGUCAUUGUGCUCUUCUCUGAGACGGUGCAAAGGGCACUGGAAGCAGAGCUGCUGACGCAGGAGAUGAUUGACGACUAUGACCCCGCCCUGAUGUUCACCAUCCCGCGCCUUGCUAUUGUCAGUGGGCUGCUGCUGCAAGAAGAUGGCCCUCUUAAUGUGGACAGGGACCCUACAGAUAUCUGUGAGAUGUUCAGACCAUUCCAAUCACUCCUAUAUAAGAUCAGAGAGCUGCUGCAGACCUUGAGUCCCCAGGAGCUGUCGGCACUGGAGAGGGCCCUGUGCAGCUCGGAGGAGCCUGGGAUGUACAGGGACGUGGAACCUGUCAAUCUGCAGGACCUGGACCAAUCAGAGAGGAAGGAGCUGAAAUUAGAGGCAUUCCCACCUACAGAAUCAGACCUGUAUUCUCCUGAAGCUCAGGACACACAUACUACAGAGUUGCAGCAGUUACACAGCAUGUUCCAGAACAUCCGCAGUGAGAUGGCCAACUACCUGGACCAGAGUGGCAGCGAGCCCCACAGAACCAGCAUGCCCAUGUACGGGGAGGAGGUCAGGGUCAGGCUGUCCAGUAGGGAGGAGAACAGCGACCAGUCCGGGAAUGAAACAGAGGAGACAGAUGUGUCCAUCAUGUCAGACUCCCCGGGAGAUGGGAUGAACGCCAUGCUGGAGCAGCACCAAAAGGAAAUACAGAUGAACAGUAAGGUGGAGGAAGGUGAGCCACCAAAGGACAAACCUCCUGACAUAAGGCCUUCAGAUGACAAACCACCGGACAUCGAGAGGCUCAGAGCAAAUUUGCCAGAUGUGGUGGAAUCUGUUGCAAUUGACAUCAGGGGAAGUGACGAUGAAGAGAGAACUCUCAGUACAGGUGGCUCACCACGAGCAGGCAGUACACAGAACAGCACUCCUGUAGACAAUACAGGAGUGCAGUUUGCAGACAUGCAAAUUUACCAGAGUGCAGAGUCCAAAAUGAUUGUCACAAGCACGGGGUCCAUGUCAGAAAAUCAGAAAGAGUUGUUGGCAAGGACAGAAUCAAACGAGCUACAGAGCAAUCCUGAAGUAAUCGAGGAUUUGAUAUUAAAGGACAUCCAACACUCACUGUCAGUACAUUGUGCAAUAAAGAAAGAUACUCGGGCAGCUGGUACCAAUGGACAUGGCAGAGAAAUAGAUGUCUACCACAUUGCCAGCGAGCCAACUGUUGAACCCAUUCCUGAAGAGCCACAGGCAGCUGCAGCAAUAGAGUCUGGUGGCAGCAGUCCAGUCAAGUGGACUGAGAUAUCCUUUGGUGCAAGCAAAGCUUCAAAUCAAACCAAAGAAGAGCAGAAUGUUGAUGCAAUAUCUGGAUGCAGCCCAAAGAAAGAUACAGAGGUUUUUCUUGGUGCAGAAUCUGAAUCAGAUCAAAAAGAGGCACUACAGAAAUGCAGUGGGGAAGAAGGGAAACCCUGCCAAUGCCAAGAAGUGAUGAGACAAAGGGAAGUGUCAACUGAGGAGCCUUACUCCUCCAGCCCAAGCAACUAUUCCUCAGAGCUCACGACAGGGUAUGAAAGUAUAAACAUUGGUAUGACUGUUGUUAGGCCAGAAGAAAUAGAAGAUGCUGCUGAUCUACAUGAAAGAGAUACGCCCAGGGAUGAUGAGAGCCUUCACAAAGAAAUCCAGGAGCUGUCAGAACUAUUGGAAGUUGAACCGAGACCACAUCCAGGUUCUAGAGGUGAAGAAGAGAAGGAGGUAAGGACAGCAGAGGAGCAUGCUAGCAAGUGUAAGUCAGAUGAAGAAGGGCCAGCAGAAGAAGUUGAAUGCACUUCCAGAAGUCAAGGAGAAAUCACCAACCAUGACAGAGAAACAACUGUUACAGACCAAGCAAGUUUGCCUCCUGAGCUACCUGUUGAUUGUUCCUUGGUUAGUGGAAUGUACCAAGAAACAAGAAGGGAUAGUGAUAUCAGUUUAAGUGACAUCAGUGGAUUAGACAAUGAUGAUGAGGACAGUGUGAUGAUUGACACUGCCAUCUCUGACACCACUAGCUGCCUGUCUACCAGUGACAGUGACACUUCCGAGAUAUUCGGUAUGAAGACCUCUAGCACCGUGAUUUUUAAUCCUGAAGGUCAGGCUGAGGGUCUGAGUAGCAGUCACAGGUCAGUUGGUUCUCCGAGGAACAGACAUACCAGUAAAAGUUCAGACGAGCCAAUGUUCUAUAUGGAAGAUUCAUUUGAGCCAGGCAGUUCCGAGGAUGAUUCCUCAAGGUCAGCUUACCGGAGAGGUGAAGGUCAGAACGUGGAAAUAAACGUCUCUUCUGCGUCAUUGAGUGAGCACAGGAAAGCUGGGGGAGAAACAAAUUGCUCUGUGGAACCAAUCACAAGUGCCGUUGGUCAGCUCAAGGUGUUGAAGGAAAGACAUCUCAGUGGGGAGGAGGCACGAGGUCGUAGGUCACCCCUGCUGGAUGCUGUGGGAAUCCCUGCCAGUGCUGCUGCACAGUACAGCCCAAUGAGAAGAAACUUUAGAUUUGAGGAUGUGGAAAGUUCCAGAUACAGCCCAAAACUGUUGUCUCUCUGGUUUGAUGAUGUUGAGAGCCCACGACAAAGCCCCAAGCCCAGCCCUGGGAGGAUCCAGAGGCUGAAGUACAUGGACUCCGGCAGCGGGAACGGAUCCUAUAGUAGUUCUCUGGGCAGUGUGACCAGCAGUAUGGACUCCUUCAGCUCACAGCAGUGGGAGGAGGAAAGUGGCUGCAGCAGUGAGACCAGCUCCUACACCUCAGAGAUGCACGAUGAGCACGAGAUAGCGUUGGCUGUACAGGCGGCGGAGCUGGCAGCUCGACAAGAGCUCAGGGCUAGGUUCAAGAGCAGCAGUGACCUCAUCCAUCGCCUGUUUGUCUGUAUAUCUGGUGUUGCAGACCAACUACAAACCAACUACGCAAGUGAUCUGAGGCACAUUCUAAAGGCAGUGUUUCUGAUGCACUGUACCAUGCUGGAGGAGGUGGUGGAAGACACCAGUCCAAUUCACAGUCCCUCAGCAGAAGCUCAGGAGAACGGCAUUAUUGAGGGAACACAGGACCAAUCCUCCCCAGCAGCUGUUGAUGAUGAUGAAGAUAUUGAGAUAGAGACAGCAGUGGAUGCCCUUGGAGAGGAAGCCAUUGAUGAACUUGAAGACUAUGAUGAUGAAGAGUUUGUGAUACUUGGAGGUGUAGGAAAUUUGCAGUCCAACCGGCCCCUGCCUCCCCUACCCAGCAAUGCCGUGGCCGAACCAGUGCCUCCCUCGGAGUACACAGGGGAAAACACUGGUGACACUGCAGCUUGGUCACUACGAGAGAGUUCCAUGGACAUGAGACGAGGGUGGGAGGGGGGUGAGGCCACCACACCCUCUGGCAAUGGGAUAGCCGCACUGCUUGCUCGAAAUCAAGCCGAUUGGUCAGAACAUGAGAUGGAGACAUGGGGGCCGAGCGAAGCCCAGGACAUCCCCUUUAAUCCAGCCACACUGCCAAGUAUACCGUGUGAUAUUUCUGACACGUCCACACCCACACAAGACGUAAUCGACACCACACAGGACACAGGUGAGGAAACUGUUUCCCCCAGUGAAGAUCACGACACACAAGAACGUGACUUCACAGAGUACACGGUGUACGGAAUCACCCGAGAACUUCCCCCACUGCCCCAGGAUGCCAAAGAAACUGUCCACACCGGUGAUGUCUCUGAUGCCACCCUGACACCACCUGAUCAUGAUGACCCAGCCUCAUCCACCAGCGAUCCACCUGCACUGCCACGCCGGCCUGACAGGAUAGACAUGCCCCUGUUUUCUACUGGACUGGACUUCAUGGUGCCCCCUCCUCCUCCUCCACGCACAGAUAUGGACACAAAUGUAUUCAGCUUAAGAAGAAGAGAGAGAGGUGCUGUGGAAGAACCCCCUGCCUGGCUGCCUGACCAGGCCGUGUCUGGCUGUAUGGCCUGUGGAGCUCCCUUCACUGUGAUCCGCAGAAAACACCACUGUAGGAACUGUGGCAAGAUCUUCUGUUCCCGCUGCUCUGCCAACUCCGUGCCCAUCCCACGCUAUGGCAUGAUGAAACCAGUCCGCGUCUGCAACCGCUGCUUCAUGUUCCAAGUCACCCCCUUCCUGGCAGACGUCGACUAGUGCUGUCUGUUCUUGGAGAUGUAUUGAAUAUAUCAGUCGUGAAGUACGUGCACGAUGGUCCUUGAUAAAGACUAUGAAUAUUAAAAUUUGAUCACCACAGUGAGGCUAUGUUUUGCCUGCCAAUGAGACAGUGAAGGCCCAAAGGUCCGAAUGCACACACCAGAGCUGUCAACUACAUUUCAUGGUCUUUAUUUAGCCAGAUACAGCCACUGAAUGGAGGCCAUUAGAUGCAGUUGAAAGCCCUGAUGCUGAUGUAAGAGGAUCUUUGUUGUCUUUAUCUUGCAGUUCACUUCAAAAUGAUUGUAAUUUCCUGCUCUUUCACCACAGGAAAUUACUUUUUUUUUAACUUUGUGGAAGGAGCUGGCUUUACUAGUAGUAGUCGUAACUUAAGAGACGUGUAGGGACGUAGCGUGAUAUGUUUUUGACUAUAUCAGCUUGUAUUGUUUUAUUAUAAUCUCACUACUUUUAACUGUUUU